UUCUGUGCCUGCUGGUUGUCCGGUUCCUCGCCACCGUCGCGGUUGCUGUUGUUGCAUCCCGGUUAUCGAAGCGUUCCCCGGCUGCUCGGUCGUGGGGUCAAGCGCUUCUCUCUCGCCCUGUUGCUCUUCGUUCUACCGCUCUCAGGCUUCCUACUGUAAACCCUAAAACCUCUUAGGAGAAGUUCUGCCACAUUCCCAGUAUUGAGAUGGAGACACUGGAUGAUUCCUCUCCAGAGUUUAUUUCUGAAUGGAAGGGUGCUCUUUUCCAGUAGAAGAUGGUGAUCCUAAUGUAUGAUCAUGGAGAAGGGGUUAAGUUCAGUAGAAGUAUUACCUUCCGAAUCGUCUCAGGUUACAGCUGUAAAAGUGAUGGUCAAAGAGCCCGAAGCAAAGCAAACCCAAACAGGGAAACGAGUGGGAUUUGUGCUUGUCCAUGCAGGUGCAGGUUAUCAUUCCGAAUCCAAAGCUAGAGAAUACAAGCAUGUGUGCAAAAGAGCGUGUCAGAAGGCAAUUGAAAAGCUACAGGCUGGUGCUCUUGCAACAGAUGCAGUGACUGCAGCACUUAUAGAAUUAGAGGAUUCUCCUUUUACAAAUGCAGGAUUGGGGUCUAACCUAAACCUUCUGGGUGAGAUAGAAUGUGAUGCCAGUAUAAUGGAUGGGAAGUCAUUGAAUUUUGGAGCUGUUGGAGCACUGAGUGGAAUCAAGAAUCCAGUUUCAGUUGCAAAUAGAUUGUUGUGUGAAGGGCAGAAGGGAAAACUCUCUGCUGGCAGAAUUCCACCUUGCUUUUUAGUUGGUGAAGGAGCUUACAGAUGGGCAGUUGAUCACGGGAUACCAGCAUGUCCUCCAGGUAUCAUGGCUACAAGGUUUAGUUUAGCAGCUUUUAAGAGGAACAAGAGGAAGUUGGAGUUGGCUGAAAAGGUGGAAACAGAUCUUAUUCAUCUAAAGAAAAGAAGACAAUCACAUGAAAAGGGCUCCAGAGUCAUGUGCAGCGCUUGUGGGAGAACCCCAAAGGCCAGUGGUGGUGGUAAAGGAGGUGAUCAAAUAGAGCUCUACUCACCGGAGAAUGACUCAGGAACAUUGGAUACAGUUGGUGCAGUUGUUGUGGACCAAGAAGGAAAUGUUGCUGCUGCUGUCUCCAGUGGAGGUUUAGCACUAAAGCAUCCUGGAAGAGUUGGUCAGGCAGCUCUUUAUGGUUGUGGCUGCUGGGCUGAAAAUACAGGAGCUCAUACCCCUUACUCCACUGCUGUGAGUACUUCAGGUUGUGGAGAGCACCUUGUCCGAACCAUACUGGCCAGAGAAUGUUCAUGUGCUUUGCAAACAGAAGAUGCCCACCAAGCUCUCCUAGAGACUAUGCAAAACAAGUUUAUUGGUUCACCUUUUCUUGCCAAUGAAGAUGGUGUACUCGGAGGUGUGAUAGUUCUUCGGUCGUGCAGGUGUUCAGCAGAGCCUGAAUCGUCACAGGAAAAGCCAACUUUACUAGUGGAAUUUCUGUGGAGCCAUACAACAGAGAGCAUGUGUGUAGGAUACAUGUCUGCACAGGAUGGCAAAGCUAAGACUCACAUUUCAAGACUUCCUCCUGGAGCUGUGGCAGGACAGUCCGUGGCAAUAGAAGGAGGAGUUUGCCGGCUGGAGAGUCCAGAAAGCUGAACAGCUGAUUCCUCCCUUCAUUGCAAAGAAUGUGAAUGACUUUUUUUUGUACAAUAAGUUUUUUGUGUUUUAACAGAUGUUGGAAAUUCUACUCUUUGUUUUAUACCUGGUAUUGCAACCAUGUGCACCAUAACUUGAGGCAAGUGCUGCUGUUUCUCACUCUGUGAAUGGGGGUGUGUGCAUGUUCAUUUUUUCCCGAAUGAAAUAGGAACUCUUCCCAGUUGUGCAAAGAUUAAGAUUAUGUAUGAUUAAUGUUUGCGUUUUCAUUGUUUAAUGUUUGCAAAAUAACUGAAAGCUUAAGAAAAAGGAAAUUAAUUUAAAGAUAUGGUCACAAUUGUCAUUCAUGUUCUAAAUUAAAAAGUAACGGGCCUUUUAUGUGGCUAUAUCAUUAUGCAAAAGUUAUUAUGGUUCCUAAGUUUCUCAGUGGUUUAAGGAAAUCCAGAAGUGGUUUCAACAUGGGUCGUUUUUUUCCUCCCCAAUAAGGAGGACUGUUUUUUUUGUCAAAGAAUGGUUUCAGUGAAACAAACUAAAGCAAAAUUAAGGCUAGAAUUGUUGUUAAAUAGUCUUAUAGGUCAUAUCUCUGUUCCCAAACCAAGAUGUUAAUAGCUUCAAGCUGUAUGUAUCACAAAAAGCUAUAUGAAGAUAAUGUAUCGUAAUGCAGUCUUUAUGUAUAAUGGAAUAUUACAAUGUAAAUAAGAAAACAAAGUUUAUGGAAAGAUUCGAUAUUAUUCUUCGCUUCUGUUUAAAAUCUAUUUUUAAGAGAGGUACAGAAAUGAACAUAUUACUGGAUGCGAAGUGCAAUGUGUAUUAAAUGGAUGCUGGGAGGUCUGAUACUAGCUUUCUUACUGAUAAAUCAACUUCCUGAAGUCCAGCCACAGCAUGGGUAUUUAUAUAACUGUGUGUAAUAUGUAUGUACUGUGCAUAAAUUUACUGUAAUUCUUUUUAUACCUUCCACAAAACUGCAUUAUGAAACAAUGUAGUCCUUGUCUGCCUUGUGAAGCAUUGGCAGCUGAAUGGUCAUUUGUCACCAGUUCUGAUGUAUUAGCUGGUUCGCCCGAGUCCUAAAACUGAGUUCUGACAUACAAUCUUCCAUUCAGUACUUUUUUUUCUUCACAGCACUGGCAGCAAUGGAAGACACUUGCAGUUAAUUCAUUGUCCUGAUAAGUAUGCCAAAGAGAAACUAAAAUAGUUCAUCUUUUUCCCUGGUGGAUAUUUGAUAACUCUGUUUUCAGAAAUAGUGGAUGAAUAGAUACUCAGACUGUAUUCGCUUAAUCGGGCAUUGUACUUGCCUGUUUUGUAACGCUGUGCCUGCCUAUAACACACAUACUUGACUGAUUAAAUGGUUACACUGAUUGUAGUACCAAUCUUUCAUGGAAAAGAAUCUUAAUAAAUUUUUUUU